AUGGAUUCAUCGGAAAAAGGCUACAGACUGCAUGGCGACCUCAGAAUAGAUCAGAGCCAAUGUGGCACUAGGAUUGGUCAGUUCGGACGUCGUGGACCUGCUUGUGUUUGCGAUGAAAAGAUUGGGAACGUUAUUUCAUUCUUUCUUCGUUUCUUUCUUUGUUUCUUUCUUUCACGCCUCUCACUCUUUACUUUCUUUCAUUCUUUUUUACAUUCUUUCUUUCUUUCACGACAUUCACUCUUUUCUUUCUUUUUUCUUUCCCAUUUCUUUCUUUCUUUCAAUAUUCACACCUUUCUUUCUUUUUCCUUUCUUUCUUUUUUUCUUUCAGAACAUUCGCUCUUUUCUUUCUUUUUUCUUUCUUUUUUCUUUCUUUCUUUUAUAACAUUCACACGUGACUUUUUUUAUUUCUUCUUUUUUCUUUCGUUCCUUAUUAUCGAUUUCUUUCUUUCUUUCUUUCUUUUUCUUUUACAGCAUUCACUCUCUUUUUUCUUUUUCUUUCUUUUUUUUUGUCAUUUGUAUAAUUUCUUUAUUCCUUUUUUUCUUACGAUCUUUCCUCUUUCUUUCACGACAUUCACUCUUUUCUUUCUUUCUUUCUUUCUUUCUUUUUCUUUUACAGCAUUCACUCACUUUUUUCUUUUUUUUUCUUUUUUUCCCUUUUCUUACAUUAUAUACUUUCUUUCUUUCUUUCUUAAACAGCUUCUUCCUUCUUUCUUUCUUUCUUUCUUUCUUUCUUUCUUAAACCGCCUCUUCCUACACUAUAUUCUUUCUCCUUUUCUUACUUCAUAUACUUUCUUUCUUUCUUUCUUAAACCGCCUCUUCCUACUUUCUUUCUUUCUUUCUUUUUUCUUUCUUUCUUUCUUAAACCGCCUCUUCCUAGGUUUAUAUUCUUUUCUUUCUUUUCUUUCUUUCUUUCUUUCUUUCUUAAACUUUCCUCUUCUUUAUUUUUUCUUUUUUUUUCUUUCUUUCUUAAACCGCCUUUUCCUUCUUUCUUUCUUUUUUCUUUCUUUCUUUCUUUCUUUCUUAAACCGCCUCUUCCUACUUUAUAUUCUUUCUUUCUUUCUUUCUUUCUUUCUUUCUUUCUUUCUUUCGCCUCUUCCUCUUCUUUCUUUUUCUUUCUUUCUUUUCUUUCUUUCUUUUUUCUUUCUUUCUUUCUUAAACCGCCUCUUUCCUAUUUAUAUUCUUUUUUUCUUUCUUUCUUUUUUUUAUUUUUUAAACCGCCUUUUCUUUCUUUAUAUUUUUUUUCUUUUUUCUUUCUUUUCUUUCUUUCUUUCUUUAAACCUCCUCUUCCUACUUUAUAUUUUCUUUCUUUCUUUUUUUUCUUUUUUUCUUCCGCCUUUUUCUUUCUUUCUUUCUUUCUUUCUUUCUUUUUCUUUCUUUCUUUCUUUCUUUCUCUUAAACUUUCUUUCUUUUCUUUUUUCUUUAUAUUCUUUUCUUUCUUUCUUUCUUUCUUUCCCCUUCUUUCUUUUUUUCUUUCUAUUUUCUUUCUUUUCUUUUCUUUCUUUCUUUUUUUAUAUUUUUCUUUCUUUCUUUUCUUUCUUUUCUUUUUUUCUUUCUUUAACCGCCUUUCUUUAUAUUUUUCUUUUCUUUCUUUUUCUUUCUUUCUUCUUUUUUCUUUCUUUUUUUCUUAAACCGCCUCUUUUUUCUCUAUAUUCUUUCUUUCUUUCUUUUUCUUUCUUUUUUUCUUUCUUUCUUUCUUAA